ACAGCCAGGAAAGAGGCGUCCGGUAGAUAGAUCAGAGGAAAAAUCAGAGGAAAAAGACAUUUAUUUUCCUUACCUGGGGUGUGAUUCCCCGCCAAGGGCCUCGCGCGCCCUGGAGGGCGGUCGCUCCCGUGGAGGCAGGCAGGAGUCGAUGCCUCGCGUCGUGUUUGCGUUGCCGAAUGCCCGUGUGUUGGGCUGAAUGCCCCUUUUCCUCCGUGAAGAGGGCAGGGAGCCGGUGAUCCCGCUGCAGGAGGGCCGGCCGCUCAGCCUCGCGACGUCGCACCACUUCUGCUACACCAACACGCGGCGCCCGCAGUGGCACGACGUCUGGACGCGCAUCCAGAUCCACAUCAACAGCAGCGGGAUGAUCCGCGUCAUCCAGGUGGACAGCGAGGAGGAGCUGAGGGAGCUGGAGAAGUUCAACGUGGGGAACUUCCUCCUCUCUUUCCUCAAGGAGAAGCUCAACGACACGCGCCUCGACGUGGACCUCUACAGCAGCAAGACCUGCCUCAAGGUGGAGCUGCUGGAGACGGGCACCACGUACCACGUCCUCCUCUCCCGAUGUUUUGAUCCCAUGCUCUUCCUGGUUUUCUUCCUGGGCCUGGUGCUGUUCUUCUGCGGGGACGUGCUGAGCCGGAGCCAGCUCUUCUUCUACUCGACCGGCAUCACCUUCGGCCUGCUGGCCUCGCUCCUCAUCCUCAUCUACGUGGUGGCCAAGGUCAUGCCCAGGAGAAGCCCCGUUUACUUCCUGCUGGUGGGAGGCUGGUCCUUCUCCCUCUACCUCCUUCAGUUGGUCUUCAAGAACCUGCGGGAGAUCUGCAGCUCCUACUGGCAGUACCUUCUAGGCUACCUGCUCGUGGCGGGCGCCGUGAGCUUCGGCGCGUGCUACCGGCUGGGCCCGCCGCGGGACCGGCGCACCGUGGCGCUGCUCUCCUGGGGCCUGCAGCUCCUGGGGCUGCUCCUGCUCUACGGCGGCAUCCAGGUGCGUCCCGUGGGCCUGGCCGCCGUGCUGGGCGCCCUGUGCGCCAAGAACCUCGAGUACCCGCUGAGCUGGGCGCGCGCCGCGUGCAGGAGGGCGCAGGGCCCCGCGCGGCCGCCGGGCGCCCCGCGGCUCCUCACGGCCGAGCAGUACCGGGCGCAGGGCGAGGCGGAGACGCGGCGGGCGCUCGAGGAGCUGCGGCGCCACUGCCGCAGCGCCGGCUUCUCCGCCUGGGCCACCGUCUCCCGCAUCCGGGCUCCCAAGAGGUUCGCGGAUUUUGUGGGGGGCGCCCCACACCUCACCCCCAACGAGGUCUCUGUGCAUGAGCGGGAAUACGGCCUGGGCAGCGUCUUCCUCGAGGAGCAGCUCUUUGAGGAUGAAGAUGAUGAUGAGGAGGAGGAGGACGAGGAGGAGGAGGAGUUCUCCAGGAGGCAUCCCGGGAGUUUCCCCCUGUCCUGCAAUCCCAUGGACACUGAUUGAGGGCGGGUGCCCCGGCUGGGAGGGGCCCCAUCCGUGGCCCCCCCCCGGGCGCUUCCCGCCGGGCUCCCAUGGGAGCGCCCGAGGGCUCCGGGCGCCCUCGCUUCCGUGGUGCCACUUGAGUGUCACCCGAGCGCCGGGUGCCACCCAGGGCCGGGACUUUGGACCCGGGCGCCCGCGGAGCCGGCGCUCCUGGUGCCGGCGCCGACCAAAGACCGGGGGGGGGCUGCGUGGAUCCAACCCCCCCAGGGCUGCUGGCCCCCAUGUACCCUCCUGUGCCCCCCUGCACUUGUGGGGGCCGUCCCCCCCGUUUCCCUCCCCACACGUCGUCGGGGGGCAGAGCCAUGAGCCCCAAUUGCAUUUGCUGCCCCCCUGCCCCUGUUGGGGGCUGCCCACGGCCCCCUUUCCCACAAGCAGGGAGGGGACCCCCAUCUAUGCAACUUGCUCGCCAUAAACCUACCCCCCCGCAGCCUUCGCGCCCCCCUCCCCAAUCACCUCCUCCUCUUCCU